GCAGGCGGUGCUGUCUGUCUGUCUGGCACUCACUCCUCCGCCUCUCCUCUUCCUCCUCCUCUCUCUCUCUCCCCCAGUCCCAUCCGAGUCCGAGGAGGGGCAAUCGCCCCAUCCUUCCGGGCAAGGGGCAAUCCCAUCCAAUCCAAUCCAAGGCCCGCCGCGCCGAUCGAUCGAUGCGUCCGCUGCCGUUGGCCGCCUAGUCUCAGGCAGCCAGCCGGCCGCCCUCUCCCCACGCGCUUUGUAUGGAAACACGCAGCAGCCGCAAGCGCGCCGCCGCCUCAUCAGCCUCCAAGCGCUCCCGCCCCAACUCCUCCGCCGCUCCUGCGAUGGACCCCUCGCCCUCCUCCCGCCGCCGCUCCCGCUCCGCCGCCGCAGACAAGGGAAAGGACCCCGACCCCUCUCCCACCGCCCCCGCCCCCGCCCCAGCCGACGACGACGUCCCCUCCCCCCAGUCCUUCACCUCCGCCAGCAACGCCCUCCACGGCCUCCUCCACAGGCUCGGCGCCGGCCUCGACGACCUCCUCCCUUCCUCCGCGCCUUCCUCAUCCUUCUCCGCUUCCACCUCCGCGCACCUCAAGAGGAUCCUCGCUGGCCUGCAGCCCGACGGGGACGAGUCGCGCCAGCUCCAGUCCCUCAUGCACCUCUGCGAGAUGCUCUCCAUCGCCACCGAGGACUCGCUCGCCGCCUUCCCCGUCGAAGCCUUCGUCCCCAUCCUCGUCGGUCUGCUCGGCCGCGAGGAGGAGCCUGCCAGCCCCGACAUCAUGCUGCUCGCUGCACGUGCCCUCGCCAACCUCGUCGACGUCCUCCCGUCCUCCUGCUCAGCCGUCGUGCACUAUGGGGCCAUACAGUGUUUCUGUGCUCGACUGCUCACCAUCGAGUACAUGGACCUUGCCGAGCAGUCUCUACAAGCUCUUAAAAAGAUCUCCCUGGAGCAUCCAACUGCAUGCUUGCGAGCUGGUGCGCUAAUGGCUGUUCUGUCAUAUCUUGACUUUUUCUCCACUGGUGUUCAGAGAGUAGCAUUGUCUACCGCUGCUAAUAUCUGCAGGAAGCUGCCAUCUGAUGCAUCAGAAUUUGUCAUGGAAGCUGCCCCGCUGCUCACGAAUCUCCUAAACCACCAUGAUUCCAAGGUACUAGAGCAUGCUUCAGUUUGUUUGACACGCAUCGCAGAAGCUUUUGCCAAUUACCCAGAGAAACUUGAUGAGUUCUGCAGUCAUGGAUUGGUUGCUCAAGCCGCUAGCUUGAUAUCUAUUGGCAACUCCUCUGCCCAGGCAUCAUUGAGUACAUCGACAUACACAGGCUUAAUCCGUCUUCUCUCAAUAUGUGCAAGUGGAUCACUGUUAGCAGUUAAAACACUUCUUCUUCUUGGAAUCAGCGGCACUCUUAAAGACAUCCUUUCAGGCUCUGUUUUGAUUUCUGGAGCAUCAGUCUCCCCUGCUUUAACUAGGCCUGCCGAUCAGAUGUUUGAGAUCGUGAGCCUUGCUGAUGAUUUGCUUCCAUAUAUGCCUGUGAGAAUCAUUAAUUUACCAAGAUACUACCAUGCAUAUAAAGGCUCUUCAACAAAGAAACCUGCUUCCAUCAGACAAGACGGGGCUAGUUCAACAGAAAAUGAUAGGUCUGGCCGUGAGAGGCUAUUGCGUGAGCACCCCGAACUCCUACAGCAGUUUGGUAUGGACUUGUUACCCACGAUGACACAGGUGUAUGGUUCUAGUAUAAAUGCACCAAUACGUCACAAGUGCUUAUCGAUCAUCGGGAAGUUAAUGUACUACAGCUCUGCUGAAACGAUCCAGUCCCUCCUUGGGACAACAAACAUAUCCAGCUUUCUUGCGGGCAUUCUUGCGUGGAAAGAUCCACAAGUGUUGAUUCCCGCUCUUCAGAUAGCAGAAAUAAUGAUGGAAAAGCUUCCGGAGACAUUUUCUAAGUUGUUUGUGAGGGAAGGUGUUGUUCAUGCUGUGGAGUCACUUGUAUGUUCAGAACCUUUGAAUACACUGCCUUCUCAGGUAUCACCACAGGAUAGAAAUAAUGAUCCUGCCAUGCCGUCACGUUCUAGACGUCAACGCAGACGUGGGGGUGCUGUGCUGACUGAAAACAGUCCAUUAGAUGAAUCAAACGGUUCCAAUCCUGGGAUUACCUGCACAACAACAAGCUCGUUAGAAGUUCCAAACACCAGCCUUCAUUUCUCAGUUAGUGAUCAUGCAAAGUCUUUCAAAGAUAGGUACUUCCCGACAGACCCUGAUUCAAGUGAUAUUGGAGUUAAUGAUGACCUUCUUAAACUGAGAACACUCUGUGCAAAGUUGAACACUGCAACUGAGAAUGUCAAAACAAAAGCCAAAGGGAAAUCAAAAGCCGUAAGUGCUAAUCUGUUUGACAUUUCAAAUGAUGUUGAAGAGCAAUUAGACAUAAUAGUAUCUGAAAUGCUUGCCGAGCUUAGCAAAGUUAAUGGUGUUUCCACGUUUGAGUUCAUUAGAAGUGGAGUUGUCACAGCAUUGCUUGACUAUUUGUCCUGUGGGACAUUUGGAAAGGAAAGGGUAUCUGAAGCGAACCUACCAAAACUUCGUCAGCAGGCCCUUAGGCGAUACAAGUCCUUCGUAUCGGUUGCCCUUUCUAUUGAUCAUGAAAGGGAUGAAACUCCCAUGGCACUGUUGGUACAGAAACUGCAAAGUGCAUUGUCUUCGUUGGAACGUUUCCCUGUUGUGCUCAGCCAGUCUAACAGGAUUGGUGUUGGAGGCUCCUGCCUGACCUCAGGUCUGAGUGCUCUGGCUCAGCCCUUCAAGUUGCGUCUGUCCCGAGCUCAAGGUGAAAAAUCACUUCGGGAUUAUUCAUCAAAUAUUGUGGUUAUUGAUCCAUUUGCAAGUCUAGCAGCUGUUGAAGAAUUCCUUUGGCCAAAAGUUCAGCGCAGACAGGUUGCUUUGAAGCCUAUAAUCGCAUCUGGAAAUAAUUCUGAGUCUGGUGUUCUUGGUACCACCCCUGGUGCAUCAUUAACUGCUGCAUUGGCUCAAUCUGGUCGGCGUCCAACAACAAGAUCAAAGUCAUCUGCUGCAAGUAGUGGUACAUCUAAGAAGGAUUCUCAGGAGGAAAGCACUAGUACUGCCAGAGGAAAAGGCAAAGCUGUCGUAAAACCAAACUCAGAUGAACCAAAAGGACCUAAUACAAGGAAUUCUGCCUGCCAAAAAUCUGCUUCGGACAAAGAGUUGGAAAUGAAGCCAGCACAUGGUCACAGUAGCUCUGAGGAUGAAGAGCUUGGCACAUCUCCUGUUGAGAUCGAUGAUACUUUAAUGAUUGAUGAUGAUGACAUUUCAGAGGAUGAAGAUGAUCAUGAGGUUCUCCAAGACGGCUUUCUUCCUAUCUGUGCUCAAGAUGAUGUGCAUGAUGUGAAAUUGGGUGAUGCUGAUGAGUGUAAUAUUGGCUCAGUCAGUUUUAGCCAGGCGCAGCCGUCAUCUGGUUCCGUUGCUAGAAACACUUCUAGCAUGGGAGCAAAUUCUGCUGAAUUUCGAAGUGCAAGCACGUUUGAUUCACGUGGUGCAAUGCCAUUUGAUGCUGUGACGAUGUCUGGGCUGGCUUCUGUUGGUGGUCGCAGCGUUAGAGGUGGCCGAGAUCGACACGGUCUAUCAUUUGGAGGUAGCAUGAAUGAGAACAAUAAACUGAUAUUCAUGGCUGGUGGGAAGCAGCUCAGCAAACAUUUGACUGUAUAUCAAGCUGUUCAACGUCAACUGAUGCUUGAUGAGGAUGAUGAAGAAAGGUUAAAUGGAUCUGAUUUACUGAACGAUGGAAACUGCUUCUGGGGUGAUGUGUUCACAAUAACGUACCAGAAGGCUGAUAGCCAAGAUGAGAAGGGAUUCCAAGGGGGUUCCACCUCAUUAAACUCAAAAUCAGAUUCUUGCAGAUCUAUCUCUGAAGUGCAAGAGGUUUCUCUUCUUGAUAGCAUGUUACAAGCAGAACUUCCUUGUGAUCUUGACAGAACAAACUCAACCUACAACAUUUUAGCACUAUUACGUGUACUAGAGGGAUUGAAUCAGUUGUCCCCUCGUUUAAGAGCACAGGGAGCAUCUGAUGAUUUUGCUGAGGGAAAAACCACUACCCUGUAUGAGCUAUAUAAGACUGUAGCCAAGGUACCUUCCGAAGGGUUUGUCAAUAGUAAGUUGACACCAAAGCUUGCUCGGCAAAUGCAGGAUGUGCUUGCACUCUGUAGUGGCAGUUUACCUUCUUGGUGUUAUCAAAUGACCAAGGCCUGCCCCUUUCUGUUUCCCUUUGAGACAAGGAGGCAGUACUUCUACUCCACGGCGUUUGGGUUGUCACGUGCAUUGAAUCGACUUAAGCAACAACAGGGUGGCAAUCACAGCUCUGGUGUCCGGUUUGGCAGGUUACAGCGCCAGAAAGUUCGUGUUUCCCGAAACCGUAUUCUGGAUUCUGCUGCUAAAGUUAUGGAGAUGUUCUCCAGUCAGAGGGCUGUUCUUGAGGUGGAAUACUUCGGCGAAGUUGGAACUGGGCUGGGGCCUACUUUGGAGUUUUAUACUCUCUUAAGCCAUGAACUACAAAAUGCUCAGCUGGGAUUAUGGAGAUCUAAUUCUCCAUAUGAUUCGAAAAUGCAAAUUGACUGGAAAGAUGUGAUUAAUAUCGAUCCUGAAGAUGGCUCACCAGGAAAAGAACUCAACUCAUAUUUACCUGGUGAUGGCAGUCAUUCAAUACAAGGUCCUCUUGGAUUGUUUCCACGACCUUGGCCACCUAAAGUUGAUGCUUCAGAAGGUAGCAUAUUCUUCAAAGUGUUUGAGUAUUUCCGCUUAAUCGGUCGAGUGAUGGCAAAAGUCUUGCAAGAUGGGAGACUUCUAGAUUUGCCUUUAUCAACAGCAUUUUAUAAGCUUAUACUUGGACAAGAGCUCGAUUUGUUCGACAUAGUCUCAUUUGAUGCUGAGCUUGGGAAGACAUUGCAAGAACUGCAAGUUCUUGUUGACAGCAAGAGGUUACUCGAGUCCACUUCUGGCGAGAAUAUUCUAGAAGUCGCAGACUUGCAUUUCCGUGGCACUGCUAUUGAAGAUUUGUGUUUAGAUUUUACUCUUCCAGGUUAUCCUGAUUAUGUUCUUAAAGAGGGUGAAGGAAGCACAAUUGUUAAUAUUUACAAUUUGGAAGAGUACAUUACUUUGGUAGUGGAUGCUACAGUUAAGUCAGGGAUAAUGCGGCAGGUCGAAGCAUUUAGAUCAGGGUUUAAUCAGGUUUUUGACAUCGCUUCCCUCCAAAUAUUUUCACCUCAAGAACUUGACUAUCUAAUAUGUGGCUGUCAAGAAAUUUGGGAGCCGGAAUCCCUGCUGAGUAACAUAAAAUUUGAUCACGGGUAUACUGCUAAAAGUCCUGCAAUCAUAAAUCUACUCGAGAUUAUGGUGGAUUUUACCCCGGAGCAACAACAUGCCUUCUGCCAGUUUGUAACUGGUGCUCCUCGGCUUCCACCUGGUGGUUUAGCUGCUCUUAGUCCAAAGCUUACUAUAGUUAGGAAGCACCCCUCAAGCGCGGUGAAUACUUCAAGUUCAACCGGGGCAACAGAGUCUGCAGAUGAUGAUUUGCCUAGUGUGAUGACCUGCGCUAAUUAUCUUAAGCUGCCCCCAUACUCCACAAAAGAAAUUAUGCGCAAGAAGCUGCUUUAUGCAAUCCUAGAAGGCCGAGGAUCAUUUGAUCUUUCGUAAUAUCCUAACAUACAUGGCUCACCAUUGCAUGCCCUCCAAUUUUAUGCAGAAUUAGUUUCUUUGUUGGUCUGUAUAACAUAGGUUGAGGUUACCAGCUGCUCAGCAAACGACUUGAGGUCUUCAUUCGGAUGCAGCUUCUAGUGGCCAGCCCCGUGAGCGCCAAGAAGAAUCAGGAGCUCUUUUCCAGUACAUGUAAAUAAAAAGGAGCAGUAGUUGUAUAUUUGCCGAAAGGAUGUUUAUUGGUGAUACCCUAAUACCCUAUCGAUGGAGAAUACUAUGUUAACAACCUGUACAUGUGUGAUGACUGAUGAGUAAUCUCCAAUAAAUAUGGUGCAGUGUAUUUUGACCA